AUACAUACCACGAUCUAUGACUGUCAAGCUGGUUUCUGUUUCACAAGUCGAAGACUACUUUGAAAGCCAAUUUCCUAGUCAUUGUGAGGACCUCCUCUUUCUGCCUACACUCAAAACACUACACCCUGUGACAUGUAACACUCGCUUGUCGAGAUGGGAAACUACAUAUCUACAGCUGGGGCCUCGUUCACUCCAUCCGAUGCCUUCUUUCUGACCGAAGCGACCCGGACAGGGUCGCUGGAAGUGGUGCGGUUGUUCCUCAAGAAGAACCCGGCGCUUGUAUAUGCAACGUCUGCUACGGAUAGCAGCACGCCGUGGCACGUCGCAACAGCAGCAGGUCACGAUGUCGUCCUACGUGUGCUCAUUGACACGGCCCGGGCUGGGGCAUUGUCCAACAACUUCGAUCCACUUUCAAAGGUUAUUAACAAGCAGAAUGCCAAGGGGCAGACCCCGCUCAUGCUGGCCUGCGGCGGCGGCCACAGCGUUUGCGUGCGGCUGCUUCUGGAGAGCGGAGCGCAGCUACUGGUGGCGGACGACAUGGGACGAUCAGCACUGCACUAUGGUUCGCCGACUCGGUCGACAUGUACGGCCGCACGCCGCUGCAUUGCGCCGCUUGGUCCGGAAACACCCGUGCCGUACAUGCGUUAUGGGCGGUGGGCGCCGACAUUUGUGCUCGUACGGACGUGGACUGCUACGAUGCUGAGUUGCCAUGCAACACCGGUACGACACCGCUUCACUUUGCGGCCAUGCGGGGCCACCAGCCUGUCGUGGUGCUGCUGCUGGCUGCUUGGCAUCGCAUGGUGACACGGCCGGGAGCGCCGUUGCCGAGACCGGCGUUUGUUGUACGGGAGGUUGAGGGUGGAAGGACGGGUGCGGGAGCGGG